AUUGUUUGGAAAGCCAGUGCAAGCUCUCUAAGUCCCAUAACUGAACAAGAGCUGAAAUGUAACUUUACUGGGCCUAGGAUGUAAAACUCCAUGAACUGGCUGGAUUAAUGAAUUUCAAGCUGUUUGCCAUGUGGUCAGGUACCGAUUCGAGUGGAAUCCUUUGGAUUUGUUUGGGCACAGGGUUGAUUUUAAUACUCACUCUGUUUACCUUAAUGGUCUUGUUUAAAUGGAAGCACCUAAAGCAACAAAAACUGCAAAACACAGACUCCUCUGUGGAGCCAAACAACGUUCUCAAGGCUAAUACUGAAAGCAGUGUGAACACAGAAGAAAUCAGACACACACCUCCACGUGAAACAUUAAUGUAUUCAGUGGAAGAAUGCACUUGCAGUGACUGUAGCUUGGUGAAACCUCAGACUGGCUGUGAAACUUCAUUUCCAUUACCAGCUACUGAAGAACGAGCUACUGUUCUAGUUACUACCAAAUCUUUUGAUUAUUGCAACUAUGUUCUGGGUGUUGGAUGA